AUGGGAGUUGAAGAAGAGAAGACUACAGAAAUGGAGAUGGAUCUCACUUUGAAGCUUGAUGCUCAAGAUCAAGAACAUAUUAAAGAUUCAUCGGAAUCAAAUCAUGUUGAUAACGAUGACGACGAUGAAAUUAAUAAUAAUAAAGUACGAUCAUCUGAUGAUCAUGAAGAGCAAGAAGCCGAAAAUAUUGAUGUACAAAAUACUACCACAAACCCAAGUGAUGAAGAACUAGCAAAGCAAGACCAUGAUCAUCAACAUCAAGAUAAGUUAUCGAUGUUACACAUGGAGAUGAACCGGAUGAAAGAGGAGAACAAGGUGUUGAAACAAGUAGUAGAGAAAACCAUGAAAGAUUACUAUGAUCUACAAAUGAAAUUUUCAAUUAUUCGACAAUCCUCAAAUAAUCAAAUCAAGGAUCCAAAAUCCUUUCUGUCUCUCAACGGGGUCAAUGGAAAUCAAGAAACCAAGAAAACUAGCCCAAGUUCGCCGCCUUUUCAAGAUAACGAAAGAGAAGAUUUAGGUUUGUCGUUAAGAAUACAAAGCGAUAGCAUAACCUCUCAACCGGCAAGAGAUCAUCAAGAAGCUGGCGGGAAUCUUAAGGAUUUAUCAGAGAGCACAACAAGGUUUAUGCCCAUGCAACAAAGCAAUUCGACUAAUCCAGGAAUUUUUGUUGGUGACAAUAGAGCUGGUGCUAUUGCUAGUAAUCCGGCGGCCUCUCUGCCAAACAGGAAAGCUAGGGUUUCAGUAAGGGCUAGAUGUGAAGCUGCUACGAUGAAUGAUGGAUGUCAAUGGAGAAAAUAUGGGCAAAAAAUCGCAAAAGGGAAUCCUUGCCCAAGGGCAUACUACCGUUGUACUGUCGCUCCUGGUUGUCCCGUUAGGAAACAGGUGCAAAGAUGUCUAGAGGACAUGUCGAUACUAAUCACAACAUACGAGGGAAAUCACAACCAUCCUCUACCCGUAGGCGCCACUGCAAUGGCGUCAACAACAUCAGCCGCCGCAGCAUCUUUCAUGCUACUAGAUUCAAACAAUCCUCAUCAAUAUUCAUCAUCUGAAGCCCCAGGAACCACCUUAAGCAACCAGUCACCUUUUAGUACUAAUAAUAAUAAUUAUCACAUGAAUAAUUCUUCUCCAUAUAAUUCAUCAACACCUCAUAUUAGAACUAUGAACGCAAACGAUCCUUCAAAAGGAAUCGUGUUUGAUCUCACGAACAAUAAUAAUCCUAUACAUCAUCCCCACCAUAAUAAUGUCCCAAUUGCAAACCCCUCAUCACCUCAGUUAGGGUUUCCUUGGAUUAUGUCUAAUAAUACGUUCCCUAAUGGCAACUAUUCCAAACCAAAGCAGAUAGACGGGAUUAAUAAGCUUUUGAUGGAAGGUAGUAGAGAUAGCAAUUUUAACAACAAUAAGUCAAAUAAUAUUCUGGCUGAGAAUAUGAGUGCUAUUGCCGCACAUCCUAAUUUUAGAGUUGCUGUUGCGGCCGCAAUCUCUUCUAUUAUCAACAACAAUAAUAAUAAUAAAGAGAGUCAGCAACAGCCAACAAAUACUCAUGCCGCGGAUGGUCCUAAUAAGGAUAGAGAGAGUAGUGGUGGUAGUAGCUCCCCCGGUUGCAAAGCAUGGGUUCUUGAAUCCCUCUCUAGAAGCGACUAGCUUCAUUUUCGACUACACGCACCAAUCUAGCUAGCUAGCUAGAAAGUAUACGUACCCUGUGGAGGGUUGUUGAUCAGUCCCAAAUCUUCAAGAGUUUAUUAUAUGUUUAGUUUUUCUUAAAUACAUAUACAAUACUAAUUGAUCAUAUGUAUAUCGUUAUAAGGAUAUAUAUAUAUUGUUUGUAAAUUUGGAUUUUUGAAUAUUUGUAAUUUAUGUGGGAAGAUUAUAUAAACGAUUACCGAAUGAAUUUUCGACAAGAAACAUUUAUGUUCUUGUU